UUGCUUCUUCCUACACCGGAUCGUUAAACCAUAUUGUAAUUAGACGCAUACUUACCUACCCAAUUCUUUCUUGCUUCUCUCACAACAUCUUUGCUGCGGAGGGUUGGUUUCGACAAUUCUCGAUUUCGACAACCAGUGCUAAUUUGCAGAAAAGUCUUCAUCAACUCACUCAAAUGCUUUUCAAGACGUCAAUUCCAACAUCGUAAUAUAAGACGGUCCGUUGAGCUACAGCUGUGCUCUUCUUUGUUUGAUUUAUCACUUCCCCAGCAGCACAGCAAUCCCGAUGGCGGACCGACUUCUGGCAGCGAAGCUAACCGCUGAUGCGGAUGCUUUGUCUCCGAGAGAUGCUAAUGCUCAACUCCCUAACCGGGUGGUAGCUGUUGCGAAAGCUAAAGCGAUGCCAGCCGCUAAAGCUGUCCAGAAGGAAAAGGAACCUCCCCCGCAGCCCCCUUCCGUCGUCUACGAGCCACCAAGCUUCGAUCGUAAAGACGGAGCUGCGUAUCAGGUCGGAAAAAUGCUUGGAAAGGGAGGAUUCGCGGUGUGCUAUGAAGGAUACCUCGCAGGAAGUAAAAGUAGGAGGAAAUAUGCACUGAAAAUUGUUCGGAGUAAAAUGCCUUCUAAAAUGGAGCAAAAGUUCCAAACCGAAUUACAAAUUCAUUCUAAAAUGAGGCAUCAGAACAUUGUUCAGUUCCUGAGAGCAUUCUCCUUUGAAAAUUGUACUUAUCUUGUUCUGGAAUUAUGCCCUAAUGGCUCAUUGAUGGAUAUGGUCAAGCGAAGAAAGGGAUUGACGGAACCCGAGGUGCGAUUCUACUCGAUACAAAUCGCUGGUGCCAUCAAGUACAUGCAUGCCAAAGGCAUAAUCCACCGAGACUUGAAGAUGGGGAACAUCUUUCUCGACAAGGACAUGAACGCCAAGAUUGGCGACUUUGGCCUGGCGGCAUUGCUGGUUACAGGCAGAGAUAUGCAAACAAUUCGUCGUACGACGUUGUGCGGAACACCCAAUUACAUUGCCCCCGAGAUUCUAGAGAAGGGAAAGAAAGGCCAUGACCAUAUGGUCGACAUAUGGAGCUUAGGUAUUAUCAUGUUUGCUAUGCUCACCUCCAAGCCGCCUUUCCAAUCAUCGACGACGGACGAGAUCUAUCGUCGUGCCAAAAAUCGGGAUUAUGAAUGGCCCAAGCCGGAAAAUUCCAACAAGUAUAUAUCAGAAGAAGCGAAGGAUGUUGUCGCUACUAUGUUAGAAGAAGCCGAGUUACGACCCGACCCUGACGCCAUUGUCCAGCACGACUUCUUCCUCUCUGGCUAUAUCCCGGCGCAAUCAGAAAUAACCACGAAGCUACGCGACUACCCACCUGAAGGAGAUCAUUUUUAUAACAUCGAGUUAACGCCACGUAUGGUCGCCCAAAACAUGCGUAACUUAAAAGAGAUGUGCAGAAACUGUGAGGUUGGACCCUGGAACAGCGCCCAAUCGGUAUACAAAAGCACUUGGAGAGAAGUUGCACUGGAGGAGAAGGCUGGACUCACUCCAAUUAUUCCACUUGCUGAAGGAAUUGUUUAUAGGCCUUAUGAGGAAGUUAGCAGGGAGCAGAAACUUCUCCAAGUACCCUCUCGAGUGGCUCCCCAGCCUGUUUCAAACGAAGGUACAGCGACGCAAGGAGGGGUCAGUGGUUUAUUACGAGCACCACCUCAAAGCUUCGCAGCACAGCAGCGUGCGCAAAAUCGCCCUGCAAAGCCAUCUGGUAUAGUACGGUCUCGAACGGUAGAUGAUAUGCAAGCACCUAGUGCUUCUAGCACUAUGAGAUCAUCGCGUCCUAAGCGAGAGAUUGCCCAAAGCACAUCGGAAAACAAUCUCGCGUCGAAAUUAUCGGCGUUGACUUUAUCAUCAGCCGCACAACAACCCACGAUAGCAGAGGCGCCCUUGCCCGCCCCGGCACUAGAAGAAAAGGCCCUCCCUCAGAAAGAGACUGAGAGAGUGACAUCGUCUAGAGUGACGAAGGUGCCUAGAGAAAUCCCCACGGGGACCUUGUUUGGACCCUCAGAGCGCAAGAUGGCGGUACCAGACACUCAGCCCGACUUUGUGCUAGAAAGACUUCGUCGUUUACAGAGCGAACUCGAGCGUGCUCUUAACUCCCGAUCGAUGGCUAUUAUAGGUAAAGGACCGACGCCAUCGCCACCACAUAUUGUCGUUAAAUGGGUAGACUAUUCCAACAAGUUCGGACUGGGCUAUAUUCUGAACGAUGGAAGCGUUGGCUGUGUGCUCAAGAGCAUACCAGGCAGCGCUAAAGGGGGAAAGACGGUUACACUACCACCAAGCUGUAUUCUGGUUCGAGAGGCCGAGCAGCAUUGCUCGCGACGACACGACCCAGGAUAUCCUGAUCGGAACCAAAUUGUUCCCAUGAGCCAGGCGGUGCAAUUCUAUGAAAACAACGGCGAGUCUGGCUUAUCUACUGUCUUUGUCCAUCCCUCGCAGUUCAAAAUCAGCAUAGGUCCGGAUGGAACCCCUGGAAAAAUACCAGUCGGCCGUGAUAUUUUUGAUUACCGCAAACGUGAGCAUCUUAUCUUAUGGAAGAAAUUUGCCAACUAUAUGAUGGCGUACGGGCGGGAUCAGGAUACCACAACGGAUGAUGCUGGUCUAGUACAGGUUCCUACGUCUACUAAACAAACAAUGCCGCCCAGCGACGUAGUUACUUUCUACCAGCGAAUCGGAGACGUAGGUUGCUGGGUCUUUGCCGACGGUCAUCUCCAGUUCAACUUCCCCGACCAUACAAAGAUCGUCCUGGAUGCGACCGGGACAUGGUGUCACUUCUGGCAUCUCCCGCAGGAAUCAGCUGAGAAGCUGGCGGCCACAGGUGAAUUGGAUGAGACCGCUCUUGAUGAGAGAGCUGUUCUAUCCUAUCCCCUACAGACGCUCCUAAACUUCGCAGCCAAGCCAGCUAUUCGGCCAACGCGUAACGCUACACGCAAACGGCCAGAGAUUAAUCCCAUGAUACAAGGUAUCCCUGCGGCGAACGACUUCCGCCGUAAGAUUGAGUUUAUCAAGAACAUUAUCAAGGAAUGGGUUACAAACGGUGGUUUGGGUAAUAGUAACAUGGAUCGCGAGCACCGACAACAGUGGACAGGCUGCCGCGAAACGGUACACAGCGGGCCUAGCAAGCACGUUUGGGUCACGAUCGGAGCUCGCUGGGGCGACGAGAGGUACUCGGCCGUCGUUGACCCCAAGAAGCCCGGAGAACUGGGUAGCGAAGUCGAAUCAACCAAGGGGGGCGCGUAAAGCUACCUAAUUUUUGGGUUGUGGAGAGGAGUUUCGAGAGCGAUCGAUUAUUAACGUUGCUAUUUCCGACGUCAUGAGUCAUGACAACAUGGGCGUUUGCGUGUAUGUUCACUAAUAGUUCAUUUCAAGAGCCUAAAGGGGUUCCCAUCGCAUGGCGUUAUUUGGGGGGAGGGAAAGGGGUUAUAUAGCUAAGGUACCUUUAUUCAGUUUAUUAUAUUCGACCACAAAAACGUAAUGGAGAG